UGGCUGUUGUCCAUGGUGUUCUUGAUUUUUCAGCAAGUUGUUUCUGAGCCUCAACGCUAAAAGAUCGAUGCCUUUUUGUUAAGGCGAAAAAAGGCAGAAGCUCUGCGACAAUAAUCUCAGGGAAGACUUCCUUCAAAUGUAUUUUUGAACUCUAGAACUUUAAGUCGAGACGGGGAGAGGCGAGGAGGGGAAGACUCCGCUUACUAGGGAUUGUGUUAUGUAAUGGAACUUACUCCUCACGAAAAGUGUUGAGAAUUGAGGCAAGGGUAGAAAACGAGAGUGCCCGAGAGAUGGCGGCUAUCCUCUAACGAUGGGUUAAAUCUCUUAACAAGCCCCGAUUAUUGGGACAGGUCUAGGGUGGGAAUUAAGAAAAAGAAGCUUUUGCAUCUGCGUCCAAGUUGCAAGCUUCUAUUCAAACAAGCGGCGGAGUGAGGGAAAGCGCGGGACUGAGGCGGUGGUCUUCUCAUGAGCAUGCCGAUGUCCCACUGAAGUGAACAGUCCUUUUCUGGCAAGCAGAUGUUGGUAAGAUUGCAGUGGAAAAGAAGUGUGUGAUUCUCUAGAAUAACUGUGGGAUUGCAAAAUGUUCUACCUGUAUUUUCUACCCUGAGUCACAGAUUUGGUGGAAAGAACAAGUUAAGAAGGAGUUUGGGGGCGUUGUUCAUUUCUUUAACAUGGAAGCUUUGAAUACACCGUGCUGUUGAGAUAUAUAGGAGUUCAGCUAGGAUGUGAUAUGAACAUCUGGGUGUUUCUGUUGCCUUGUGGCACAAUUCAUUUGAAAGGGGAGCAGCUAUUAGGAGCCCAUUAGGGUCGUCAAGGAGACGAUCCUUGGUGGUUUGGGUGUACGGUCCUUUUAGGCGGUACAGCCAGAGUGGUGGUAGGAAUGUGCCAUGCCUCGUCCAGGCAAGAGUUCAUACAGUGACCAGAAGCCCCCUUACUCAUACAUCUCACUGACGGCAAUGGCGAUCCAGCACUCGGCUGAGAAGAUGCUACCCUUGAGCGACAUCUAUAAGUUCAUCAUGGAGCGUUUCCCCUACUACCGAGAGCACACGCAGCGCUGGCAGAACUCGCUGCGCCACAACCUCUCUUUCAACGACUGCUUCAUUAAGAUCCCGCGGCGGCCAGACCAGCCGGGCAAAGGCAGCUUCUGGGCGCUGCAUCCAGACUGCGGAGACAUGUUUGAGAAUGGCAGCUUCCUUCGCCGUAGAAAGCGUUUCAAGGUGCCGCGGCCAGAGCCCCACAUGCCAGCAGCAGGCAAGGCAGGGGGCGUGCUACACUCACACUUGAGCCACUAUUUCCACCCUCACCAUCAGCCACCACCUCCGCCGCCUCCUCUGCAGCCUCCACCAGCAAGCAAAGGGCAUCCAGACUCCUCUGUAGCCGCUGCUGCUGCCGCGGCAGCUGCUGCCGCUGUGGGUCGACUGCCGCAGUUCCAGCCCUAUAGCCCUGCACCUGGUUUCAAGCACCCGUUCGCUAUUGAGAACCUCAUUGGGCGAGACUACAAGGGUGUGAUCCAGGGUGGCGGAUUGCCACUGGCUUCGGUGAUGCACCACUUGGGCUACCCAAUGGCCAGCCAGCAGAUCAGCACCAUGGUUAGCUCCGUGUGGCCCCAUAUGGGUGUGAUGGAGCCCGUAGGAGGCAUGCCCAUCUCGCCAGGCGAGUAUGGACCCUUUGGCAUGCCGGUGAAGACCAUCUGCCAUCCACCCACACAGACUCUGCCUGCAAUUCCAGUGCCAAUAAAGGCUACUCCGGCCAUUCCUCCAGCCACUGCCAUCCCUGCUCUGACAGUCAACCAGGCAGCACAGCAGCUCUGCCCCUCCACUUCGCCGAGUUCGUCUUCUUCGCUCCUCGAACAGACUCCACCAAACUCUUCUGAAGGCAAAAGUUCCUUACAUUCCGCCUUGGUACAUUCCUAAAAAGGGACACACAGAAAGGAGACCAUUGCCCUCCGUCGUGUCCUUCAGGAAACACAAGUGUUAAGGGCAAAGCAUGUCCCUCGCCAGUGGAGAGUCUUUAGGAAGGAAAUAUGAUUAGCUUACUUCUUCUGAGGUCUGUAUUUUAAUUGUUGUACAAUCAGAUUGUUGAGAGCCAGGUUCAGGUAAGAGUUUCUGUGUUACUGUUAACUGUCAAAGUGUGUUGAUUUUAUUAGGUAAAGUGGAGUCAAACUCUCAUAGCUUUAUUCAGGUUAAAAACACAAACUGGUAUAGAAACCAAGCCCUGAAACGUCAGGAUCCAAUUAUAAAAUUACAAUUUAUUUUGAAAUAUGUUCCACUGAAGUCAGUAAAUAUGUUCAGAGUUAGCAUAUAAAGCUGUUAUCCUGAAGUUAUUUACUUGGAAAGAAGUUCCAGUUAAACAAUGCAUUGUUUCAAAAUAAAUAUGUUUGUAAUAGAGAUGCCAAAUUACAGUCCGAAGCACGCUUAUAUUUGUGUCCUAUAUAAAUGGGUAGCCCCAUUUAUAUUGGUGGGAUUUAUUUCCAAAUAAACCUAUUUUAGAAUAGGUUAGUACAUGAAAAAAAGACGAACCAGUGUUUUUCAGGAAGCUUAUGCCUAAGAAUAUAUUUUAAGAUGGCAGUCUAUGGGUGUAAUUUAGAACCAUUAACAUGAACUGGAAUGUUGAUAUUGCUGUCAGUGGGCUUCUACUAUACCCUAUGAGAUGCACAGUGACAUUUUUUACUAGGAGUGAGAGUGGACAAGUGUUCCAGUUACACAGAACUCUUACUCUACCAGUCCAACACUGCCCCAAACUACUUAGAAUGGCUCAAACAUAAGUGAAAAGUCAAGACGAUGGAGAAAAGUGAUGUGAACAAUCAGCCAGUACUGUAUGGAAUCAAAUAGCCUGAGAGUAAAACAAAGUCAAGACUGUGUGAGAUUAAGAUUACAGUUAGCCUAAGAAAUUAGUCUACAAUCAUUUGUUCAUGUUAAACUUCAGUGAACUAAAAUUGUAGGAACCUUGUGUAUUGAAACAAUGUGACUGGAAUUUCUCCCCAAACUAAAGAUUUUUCAAACUGAAAUGUGCAUUAUGGGAUGGGAAGAUAUACUUUAUAUUGAUAUGGUUGUAUUGGUAACCCUCUCCAGAUGUCCACAGAACCUUAGCCUCUUUGCAACUUUUUUCUGAAAGAGUGGCCAAAACGGCUACUGUUGACAAUAGCUAGUAACAAGGGUUUGAAAAGUAAAUUUUAAAAAGGGAAUACCUGGAGAUUAAAAGGGGGGGUAAAAGUGAAGAGCUGUUUUAUAGCCUAUUUCAGUUUUAAAACUUGUAAAUGGUGUGAAAGAUUUCAUGCAGCAGAGUUCUUUAGUAAGGUUUACGCAUUGAUGUAAUACUGUUGUGUAAACGUGCAAGACCUGCCUCAUCAUUUCUCUAUUCUAUUUUUAUUAUUAUUAUUUUUUAGAAAUCCUCCUUUUUGUGGGUAAUGCUUAUCACUUCAUGGUUGUCCCUACUUGCAUAUAGCUCCUUUAUACAUGUGGCUUUGGUGUGUACUUAUUUCAUAUGAGUUUGGAACUAACAAAUGAUGAGAUGGGAAGCCCCCACACCAAUUAAAGAAAACCUUCCUUGAUAAGCACUUUACACAGAAGAACCUUCUGGAACAGGAAGAAAUUAUCAACAAACAUUUCCAGAAGUCAGUUUUUAAGCUUUGCUCUUGGUUGGAUUUCUGACUCU